AUGGGCUGCAGCAGCCAGGGCUUGGGGCCUCGGCGCUGUGGACGGCCGGCCCGGGACGGGGGCGGUGGCGGCGGCGGCGGCGGCGGCGGCGAGGCAGGCGCUUCAAGGCGGCGGCUUGCCUCCGCCCAGGGGUUUGUGUCAAGUCCCCCCGUAUUCGGUAUUCGGAAGCCUGUCAACCUCCAGGCUCCCUGCCAGCCGCCUGAGGGAGUCCCCCCUGGGGCCUUUGCCGCCCUGAGCGGCCAGGCAUCUCGGGGGCGCGCAGGCGCGCGCACACGGAGGACCCGAGAACCGACCAGCCUCGCGGCGGCCGGCCCGGGACGGGGCGGUGGCGGCGGCGGCGGCGGCGGCGAGGCAGGCGCUUCAAGGCGGCGGCUUGCCUCCGCCCAGGGGUUUGUGUCAAGUCCCCCCGUAUUCGGUAUUCGGAAGCCUGUCAACCUCCAGGCUCCCUGCCAGCCGCCUGAGGGAGUCCCCCCUGGGGCCUUUGCCGCCCUGAGCGGCCAGGCAUCUCGGGGGCGCGCAGGCGCGCGCACACGGAGGACCCGAGAACCGACCAGCCUCGCGGGCCCCUGCACCCGCCUGGGGGUGGCGCACCUCCCUAGCGGCCGGCCCGGACGGGGCGGUGGCGGCGGCGGCGGCGGCGGCGGCGAGGCAGGCGCUUCAAGGCGGCGGCUUGCCUCCGCCCAGGGGUUUGUGUCAAGUCCCCCCGUAUUCGGUAUUCGGAAGCCUGUCAACCUCCAGGCUCCCUGCCAGCCGCCUGAGGGAGUCCCCCCUGGGGCCUUUGCCGCCCUGAGCGGCCAGGCAUCUCGGGGGCGCGCAGGCGCGCGCACACGGAGGACCCGAGAACCGACCAGCCUCGCGGACCCGUGCUGGCGGGAAGGCGCCUGCACCCGCCUGGGGGUGGCGCACCUCCCUAGCGGCCGGCCCGGACGGGGCGGUGGCGGCGGCGGCGGCGGCGGCGGCGAGGCAGGCGCUUCAAGGCGGCGGCUUGCCUCCGCCCAGGGGUUUGUGUCAAGUCCCCCCGUAUUCGGUAUUCGGAAGCCUGUCAACCUCCAGGCUCCCUGCCAGCCGCCUGAGGGAGUCCCCCCUGGGGCCUUUGCCGCCCUGAGCGGCCAGGCAUCUCGGGGGCGCGCAGGCGCGCGCACACGGAGGACCCGAGAACCGACCAGCCUCGCGGACCCGUGCUGGCGGGAAGGCGCCUGCACCCGCCUGGGGGUGGCGCACCUCCCUAGCGGCCGGCCCGGACGGGGCGGUGGCGGCGGCGGCGGCGGCGGCGGCGAGGCAGGCGCUUCAAGGCGGCGGCUUGCCUCCGCCCAGGGGUUUGUGUCAAGUCCCCCCGUAUUCGGUAUUCGGAAGCCUGUCAACCUCCAGGCUCCCUGCCAGCCGCCUGAGGGAGUCCCCCCUGGGGCCUUUGCCGCCCUGAGCGGCCAGGCAUCUCGGGGGCGCGCAGGCGCGCGCACACGGAGGACCCGAGAACCGACCAGCCUCGCGGCGGCCGGCCCGGGACGGGGCGGUGGCGGCGGCGGCGGCGGCGGCGGCGAGGCAGGCGCUUCAAGGCGGCGGCUUGCCUCCGCCCAGGGGUUUGUGUCAAGUCCCCCCGUAUUCGGUAUUCGGAAGCCUGUCAACCUCCAGGCUCCCUGCCAGCCGCCUGAGGGAGUCCCCCCUGGGGCCUUUGCCGCCCUGAGCGGCCAGGCAUCUCGGGGGCGCGCAGGCGCGCGCACACGGAGGACCCGAGAACCGACCAGCCUCGCGGCGGCCGGCCCGGACGGGGCGGUGGCGGCGGCGGCGGCGGGCGGCGGCGAGGCAGGCGCUUCAAGGCGGCGGCUUGCCUCCGCCCAGGGGUUUGUGUCAAGUCCCCCCGUAUUCGGUAUUCGGAAGCCUGUCAACCUCCAGGCUCCCUGCCAGCCGCCUGAGGGAGUCCCCCCUGGGGCCUUUGCCGCCCUGAGCGGCCAGGCAUCUCGGGGGCGCGCAGGCGCGCGCACACGGAGGACCCGAGAACCGACCAGCCUCGCGGGUGAGUGA